AUGCCCUCUCAAAAAGCAUUCAGAUAUUCCCUAAUUACACUGACAUGGAUUCCAGUUAUAAUGACGAUCAAUGACAAUGUCUGCCAUGUCGCUAAGAUUGAAGGUUCUUCGAUGAGACCAACUUUAAACGCUAACGAAAGGUCAAUUUCAAGCGAUUGGGUAUUCCUUUGGAAAUUUAACUGUAAGAAAGCAUUUAAUUUAAACAGAGAUGAUAUUAUACUUUUCAAAUCGCCAAUGGAUCCAAAUAAAGUUUAUUGUAAAAGGAUUAAAGGUAUACAAUAUGAUUCUGUAAAAACGCGACAUCCGUAUCCACGUAGUGUGGUUAAUAUACCCAGGAACCACGUAUGGGUUGAAGGUGAUAACGUGUUCCACAGUGUGGAUAGUAAUAAUUUUGGGUCGCUUUCUACAGGUUUGGUUGUUGGUAAGGCUAUUAAGGUUAUAUGGCCACCAUCUCGAUGGGGGGCAGAUCUGCAGUUGAGUACCGGUAGACAGAAUAUUUUAACCACGCGUGAAUGA